AUGUCGUACGCGGUCGCAGUUGCGAGUACUGCGUCAAUUGUCGCUACCGGACUACUUCUGAUUUCUGUUGGAAGUAUCAUUUCGGAUUUGAACAAUUUGCAACUUGAAGUUUCUGACAACAUGAAUGAUUUGAAGGUAAUUUAAUUGAUAUUAGGGGAAAACAUAACAUAGAAAACAUUUUCCAGAUGAAAUCCGAUGAAACUUGGUCAAAGAUUUUGUCUCUUCAUGUCAAUCCAACAGGAGAAUCGCAAGCCGCUCCAACAUUUGCAACUCUGUUCGGAAGACACAAACGUGACAACAGCCACUGCAACUGUGGACCUCAAACAAAGAACUGUCCAGAUGGCCCACAAGGUCCACGUGGGCCACCAGGACAACCAGGUCUUCCCGGAAAUCCAGGUCUCAAUGGAAAACCAGGACUCGCUGGAAACAGUAUUGUUUAUCACCAAGUUUUCGACGGAGAAUGUAUUCCGUGUCAAGCUGGACCAGCUGGGCCACCAGGACCAGACGGAGAGCCAGGUGUUGGAGGACAAAACGGACCACCAGGACCAAACGGCAAGCCAGGAAAUCCAGGCCCACCAGGACCACCAGGACCAGCCGGGCCAGCAGGAAACAAGGGACCAGCUGGACCAGCUGGACCAGCCGGACCAAAAGGAGCACCAGGAACACGUUACUCAAAGGGAGUCAAUGGCAAACCAGGAAUUCCAGGACCUUGCGGACCACCAGGGCCACCAGGACCAAACGGACCAUCUGGAAAGCAAGGACAACCAGGAGAGCCAGGAUUCGGUGGACAACCAGGAGUUCCAGGUCCACAAGGAGAAGAUGGAAAUCCAGGAAACCCAGGAAGCGAUGGUGCUCCAGGAGACGAUGCCGCUUAUUGUUCAUGCCCAAGCAGAACAAUGUUCGCCGCCGCUGCUGCCGCUGCCGCUGUUUGA